AUAACAUUGAAGUGAUCUUUAUGCAGAACAAGUCACAAUACUUCCUUUCUCUACGUGUAAGAACCUGAGAUCUCAUGAGAACUGAUUCUGGUCCCAACAGGGUUCUUAACACCAACCAUGCUUCUCCUAGAUGCCUGGACCCACAUUCCUCACUGUGUCCUGCUGUUGAUCCUGCUUCUGGGACUUAAAGCUAUGAGAGAGCUGAAGGUGAUCCAACCUGUUAAAUCAUUUUUUGUUGGUGCUGGAGGGUCAGCCACUCUGAACUGCACAGUGACAUCCCUCCUCCCUGUGGGGCCCAUAAGGUGGUUCAAGGGUGUAGGACAAAGUCGACUCUUGAUAUACUCGUUCACAGGAGAACGCUUCCCCCGAAUAACAAAUGUUUCAGAUGUUACAAAGAGAAGCAACCUGGACUUUUCCAUCCGUAUCAGUAAUGUCACUCCUGCUGAUUCGGGUACCUACUACUGUGUGAAGUUCCAGAGAGGACCAUCAGAGCCUGACAUGGAGAUUCAGUCUGGAGGUGGCACUGAGUUGUCAGUAUUUGCUAAACCAUCUUCACCUAUGGUCUCCGGUCCUGCAGCCAGAGCUGUCCCUCAGCAGACAGUGGCCUUUACAUGCAGAUCCCAUGGAUUCUUUCCGCGGAACCUCACGCUGAAGUGGUUCAAGAAUGGAAAUGAGAUCUCUCACUUGGAAACUUCUGUGGAACCCGAAGAAACAAGUGUCUCCUAUAGAGUUUCCAGCACAGUCCAGGUGGUGUUGGAACCUAGGGAUGUCCGCUCUCAGAUCAUCUGUGAAGUGGAUCAUGUCACUUUAGAUCGAGCCCCUCUCAGAGGGAUUGCUCACAUCUCUGAGUUCAUUCAAGUUCCACCCACCCUGGAGAUCAGCCAGCAGCCAACAAUGGUAUGGAAUGUGAUAAUUGUCACCUGCCAAAUACAGAAGUUCUAUCCUCCAAGGUUUCAGGUGACCUGGUUAGAGAAUGGAAAUAUAUCCCGGAGAGAAGUACCUUUUACACUUAUAGUAAACAAGGAUGGAACUUACAACUGGAUCAGCUGUCUCUUGGUGAACAUAUCUGCCCUUGAGGAGAACAUGGUAGUGACAUGCCAGGUUGAGCAUGAUGGACAAGCAGAAGUCAUUGAAACCCAUACUGUGGUGGUCACUGAACAUCAGAGAGUGAAAGAACUGAAGACGGCAGGUAUUGCUAAAAUACCUGUAGCUGUGCUCCUUGGAUCCAAAAUACUGCUGUUAAUUGCUGCCACUGUCAUUUACAUGCGUAAGAAGCAAAAUGCCUGAAUAGGCUCCGAAUGGAAAUAAGUGCUAAUGAGCAGCUAUUGAAGACUACUACUAAGGACUCAAUUAGAAGGACAACUUCAACUCAGAAUUUCUUGUUGUACCUCUGCAUAUGUAUUGCUAUCCCAGAACUUUAAAGCUGUGCAUAUUGAAUUGUAUUCUUGUUGUCUUUAUUUUCAUUAUUAAAAGAAUUUAAGGAUGUA